GGCCUUACCUUUCCCGACCAGAACGAAGCGGCUGGUCGAUUUUGGAGAUGACUGGGGAUUGUACAGGAGUUUGAACCGGCUUGUUUUAUAAAUUGACAUUCUUCGCACAACGCCCUCGCAAGUUUAUGCGUCGUGUAUUUGGUGGUUUUUAUUCAACAUUUUAUCAACAUUUUGGUUUCAUCUUUACUUUUCGUCAAUUUCCCCCCAUCGUUACAUCUGUUCCCAGACUUCGUGAUCCCCCGCUGAUCUCGUGAUUUUACCUGAAUUGAACAAUCACUGGCAUUUCUUACGUGUGCUCUCCUCGUUCCCCGCGAUCUUGGUGAUAAAUGGCGUCCGAGGUCAGCAGUUGCACAUUAACCAACGGCGAUUUAACGCCCGAGCCUAGUUCCCCUGAGAGCCCACGGCCUGCCAACUCGUUUGUCGCUACUCCCUCGACAACGAUCAAGAAGCUCUGGUUUGAUCCAGCAGUCAUGGAGAGGUCGCUCGCGGCUCAGCCCCGCAAUCAGGCAACAUCUCAGGAACAAGCGACAGCGCUCGCCCAGAAUCAAGCCAACCUCAUUUCUCUAUUAUGCCUCAUUGCCGGCUCUGUAUUGGCUUCAUCAACAAACCAGGAUGCUACGACAAAUGACGGCCCGCUGCGGUUGGAAUCAACGCCCAAAAAUGCUGCGGUGCCUGAUCCCCCAGUGCUGGUGCCCGAGGACGAUGGUCGACCUAGUGAAGUCUUUCGGGCGCCGACAGCUGGCACCUCAAAGGCUAGCGACGACGAAGCUAUUGCCAAGCCCGAUCCAAAGAAUGCAGAGGCUUCCAUAGAAGGUCCUUCUCCCCAAACACAAUGUGACUGCUGUGCAAAGAAGGAAAAGGCCGAUGAACAGGCAGCAUCUGUCAAGUCUUCAGCAACCUCAAUUCAGAUUGCUCCAGCUGCAGAUCAAACCCCCGAGAGUCAAACCCCAGGACCCCAGGAAGCUUCCGCCAAAGAGGCGGCAGUUGCAGUCGCUGAAGAAGUGGCCAAGGAGAGCCCAAAGGCUUCGGAGGGGGAUGGCACUUUAUCGGGUGGGGGUCAGACGAAACCGGUCGACCAGUCCAAGCCCGCUGCCCAAAUCCCAACAGAAGGAGUCGGCAUUACAAACGAGAUACUCGAGGAGGAUCCAUCCAAGACGGGCGAGACUGCUUCAGAUGGCACAUCCAAAACUUCGGAACAGGACCAAAGUUCUGACAAGCCAACUGCUGCCGGAACUGCCGAGCAGCCAGCGGUCGUGAAAGAGUCCACCGAAACCUCCGAGGAUGUGACGCCAACAACUGCUGAGGCAACCACCACGGAGACACCAAAGGCAGAAGAAGCCACGAAAACGGAGCCUGCUACUACCGAGGAAGCAAAGCCAACCGAGCCAGUAGCCGAUUUGAAGCUGCCAGAGUGGUUCUUGGGUAACAACGUUGUGUUUUAUGAAGAUUUGAUCAAGCAGCCAUCCUCUCUCGAAUUGGUAGGAAUCAAGCCACCUACGAAAGAUGACACUAAGGUCAAGCAAACAAUUGCAAACAAUGCGAGCAGCGAUGGUGACCAGAAAACCAUCAGCACAUCUAAUGACGCUGCAUCUGACCAGGCCACUGCUGUUGAACCCCCCAAAAACUCCAAAGGCAUCCAGCCGCAGGAGAAUACUUGCACGUGCGCUCAUAAGACCGGGGAGGGAGAGGCCGAAGCCAGCCAGGUGCCAACAUCGGAGGCAAAGCCGGACCACAGCCCAUCUCAACCAGCCAAGCCAACUUUCCAACUGCAUCGAGAGCUGUAUGAGGAGGCACUCGAUCUGAUAACCACACCGUUACAACCUCUCACGAUCAAGGAAAAAGCGGACGGCACAAAGGUCGUCCCUCCAAGGGACUGGGUGACGACGUCGACAUUUCUUUUCCAAUCCCCAAAAGACGGCUCACUCGGGUUCCUCGACGAGGUCAUGCAUCAGCUGGGACGAGAUACCAAGGCAGAUAUGAUCACAAUCGAUCUCGAGGAUCUUGAGGACCUAUGUCACCAUUUCUGGAAGGACUCAGACGAGGUUCGAAAUGUGUCGCCCAUGGAGCUGACGAGCAUCACCCGUCUUGUAGGCGCAUUUUUCGGAUACAGCACUCCGGAGGAGAAAUCCAAGAAAGGAGUUACAUGCAUCCUAAAUGCGGCGGAGGCCAAGAGAGAGUCCAUGUCAAAAUCUGGGGGAUCGAAUGGGAAUGCAUCAACGGCGAAUAGCACCCCUGCCAAAACGCCUGAAGCAAGUUCAGUCGCCAAUGGAGUUAAGCAGCCCCUGGAGGCAAACGCAGUGGCUGUAGAAAUAUUACAGAAGGGAGUCAAGGACGCAUUUGACUCGGCGACCUUGAUCCUGCAAGCGGCCAUCGCCGAAGCAUUCGCGCGCGCAUCGACACCAGACGCGACGUCUAACAACAACAAGGCCCAAACACAAAACUCCGAAGCGAAAUCACCAAACGGCCAGGUCCAGACAGAGAAUGGCGCCAAUUCAUCAGAGCCUGCAAAGGAUGCGAAAUCUUCGACGAAACACAGACCCCUCAUUAUUGUCUUCCGUGGUGUCGAUUGCCUGGGUAAAAUGACCCCGCUUCAGCGCCUGGCAAACGGCAUUAAUGAUGCUCGACGAGAUGAAGGGCGCCCCAUUAUUCUCAUCGGGACAGCGGUUUCCAACAGCACUGCAGACAACAAACCCACCGACGGCAUCAGCAAAGUCUGGGAUGGGCUCGAGAUUUAUGAGAGCUGCAUUGUCAACCUCGCCCCGCGCAAUACACGCCGUGCCGCUGAGGCUCUGAAGCAAAACAGCGCGCGGGCAAAGCCCAAAAACAAGUGGCGAGUGUUGCGCCGUUCGGUGCGCGUCACGUUGGACCAUCACCCAUCGGUGAGCACUGCUGCUCUAUACCCUUCUGGUCCGCCGUCGGGUGAACAGGUUGUCAACGAGGUUGAAGACGAGGAGCGCAGACAGAUGCUCGCGAAUUGGGAUGAUAAGUUGUCCGAACGCGUCGUCAGGCAGGUUUCGGCACGGGCUGUCAAGACCGGUGCCGUGGCUCCCUCCGAUAUCUUUGACGUCAUGCAGCGGGUGAUGAGGAACAAAGCAAUCUUUGACAAGAUGAACGAUGCGGACGACGAUGAAUAUGUCAACGAAGAGGGCGACAGCGAAGAAUGUGCGGUUCAAGUUGGUGGCCCUACCAAAAAGUCCAAGGUUAAGCCACUCCUGGAGAGCAUCACUGCAAGCUGCUCCGACGCAGAGAAGGAGUACUUUGAGUGUGUGGUGGACACUGACGCCGUAUCUUCGGAUGCCCAAGACAUUCACAUGGAUCAGAGCCUCAUCGACAGUCUAAAACAACUUCUCGACCUUCGUCAAACCAAGCCCUAUGGAAUUCUCGCCAAGGAAGCAGUUAAUGGCGCUAUCCUCUACGGUCCUCCAGGCACUGGCAAGACACAUUUGGCACGUGUUGUGGCCGCGUCUGCCGGCACAAAUCUAAUCGUGGCAACGCCGGCAGAUAUCCAAAACAUGUGGGUCGGCGAGACCGAGAAGCGAAUCAAGGCCCUAUUCUCCCUCGGCGUCAAGCUUGCGCCGUGCGUCAUUUUCCUGGACGAGGGCGACUCGGUCUUUGGCAAGCGCAGCGGCCUGGACCACGACUGGCAGCGCAAGGCCAUGAGCCAGUUCCUGAUGGAGAUGGACGGGCUGGUCAGCCGCAAGAAGGCCCCCUUCCUCAUGGUGGCUACCAACCGCCCUGGCGACAUCGACGACGCCGUGUGCCGCCGGCUGCCCCACUCGUUGCACAUUGGCAUGCCCACGGCUGCCGGCCGCCGGGCCAUCUUGGACAUCUAUCUCAAGGACGAGAAGCUCGACGCGGCGCUGGACCUGGAGGAGGUGGCGAGCGACCGGAUGACCAAGGGCUUCUCGGGGUCCGACAUCCGGACGCUGUGCGUGCAGGCCGCGAUGGUUGCACACAAGGAGCUCAUGGCCGAGAGGAGGAAGAAGGAUGGCGAGGGAGAAGAAGACGCCGCCGGGGGGUCCCAGAAGAGGGUCAUAACGUUGGAGCACUUUAAAAAGGCGCUCGAGAGGACGAGGCCGUCGGUUACGCGCGAGAGCCUGAUGGAGAUUGAACGCUUCACCGGCCAAAAUGAACAGGGUGAUCAUCAGGCCAUGUAUAUCUGAUCCCCAUGGGGACCACCAUGGGAGGUUUCUCUCUACUCGUGUACAGCUUCUUUUCCUUGUCUCUGUGUUCGGGGUUCCGGCACUUUCUUGCUAGCGUUGUAUUUAUCUUUAGCGUGUGACUUCUCUC